CCCGCAAAGAAGUGGAAUCAUAGAACAAGUGAACUUUCCUUAUUGAACAGCACCAAUAGUGAUUGUUAAGAAGCUUAAUGGAAGUAUCCGGCCACGUGCAGAUUAUUCGACUGGAAUAAACGAAGCCCUUGAAGUCCAUUAGAACCCUGCCCGACCGAAGCUGCUACCUUGACGUGGUGGUCGGGCUUGCCUAUCGUGAUGAAGCAACCGGGCUAUAUUGGCUGGAAUAUAUGUUCCUGUAGGUUCUACUAUGCCAGGCAGGUCGAUUGGAGAACGGUAAGACUAAAAGCAGCAACUCAAGGUCUGAGGGCGAAGUCGUACUGCUGACUGUAGAGGGGUGUGGCAACAUUAAAGUGUUUCCCUCGGACAACCAGCAUCUGCAGCGAUUCUGCCUUCUCACAAGGAGGGGUGGGGUUAGAAAUGGUCAACCAUAAAAAUGUCACAUCUCGCCUUAUUUCAUGGAUAUCCGUCUCCGGCGGUAAGGUAUUAACAAGUACGGAGCUAACACAAAAAUUACUCAUAAAAGGUCGUGUGUGAUCGACCUCAAGCAGUUGUCCCUUGGGCACUGAGAUCACGCCCUCAGGUCACUAAGACCACCUCUAAUCGAAUUUUCUUUUCACGUACCUCCAGAAGAACCCUUCCACGGUGCGGGCAGCCGGGAAGUGAUAACCGCCCUCAUACCUCUAACAUCACUCAAGAUCACUGUAUUCAUAAUCAACCUACCUCUUCAAUUCCUAUUAUUCCUCCUACGUCGACUUUCAACUCUAAACUUCCUCUUUCGGCUUCCUCCUCAUGUGUCACCAUAUCCAACGAUUCUAGUGCUCGAAACACUGUCCCAAGUCUACUGAAACCUCGCUACAAACUACACAUUGGAGCCUUCAACGUACGAACCCUAUGUCAAAUCGGUCAGCAUGCUUCCUUGGCUAAAACGCUAGAAUCUCGUACCAUUGAUGUAUGCUGUGUCUCCGAAACACUCAUACAGGAUCCCAGUGUGGUCAUUCACUUGACCUCACCUCGGCAAAACGGAGAGCCAACGAGAUACACCCUCCAUGUAUCUGGUGACCCGAUGGCCAGCUCUCGUGGACUGGCAGGAGUAGGCAUAGCACUAAGCAUGAGGGCGGAACAAGCACUGUUAGAGUGGAUUCCCGUCAACAGUCGUUUAUGUGCUGUUCGGCUAAACGGCUCCGUGAGAACUCGGAAGGAUAGGGACACACGUCUUUGCCUUUUUGUCGUUUCUGCCUACGCUCCCACCGAUUGCAGCUCGGAUGAAGUGAAAGAUGAAUUUCACAGGAAGCUCUCUGGACUUCUUCAGAAAGCUAAACGUUCAGACAUAGUACUCGUAGCAGGUGAUUUUAAUGCCCAGAUAAGUAGUUUAAACCAAACAGAAAGGCAUUUAGGUGGGUAUUUCAGUAUUCCGGCACAAGGAACAGAUAAUGGUGAUCGUCUGCUGCAGCUGUGCUCAAACAAUCGUCUAUUUUUAGCAAGCACAAAUUUUAAGCAUAAAGAGAGACGCCGUCUAACAUGGCGACCCCUACACCAAACCAACGAUGGACUCAAAUAGACCAUAUUGCCAUCAGUCAUCAAUGGAGAGGCUCAAUAAAAGAUUGUCGCUCGUUCUGGAACACCUGUUUGAACUCCGAUCAUGAUCUAAUACGAGCACGCAUUUGCUUUCACCUCACUGGACGCAGGAAAACCACAUUAGGACCCAUUAGACUCGGACUCAGUGACGAGGAAGCUAAAAGUAGAUUCCAGGAACGACUGAGGUCACAAUUAGGUAGUUCUGAAAAUGAGGUUGACCCAGAUGUGGCUUGGAAAGAUAUACGAACAGCUGUGGAAACAGCAGCGACAUCUAUCAGUGAUCUAAACCAAAGGGUUACGAAAAACCAAUGGAUUCCUACUAAGUCUAUUGCACUGAUAGAUUCUCGUAAACUAAUCCCAUCAGGCUCUGAACAGGAUGAAGAGCGAAGACAAAUCAGAUCUAGGUUAAACAAAAGUCUAAGGAACGACCAUGAGCAGUGGUGGGUAACGAAAGCAAAAGAGAUGGAAAAGGCGGCGGCUAUAGGGAACACAAGACAGCUCUACAGACUAAUAAAAGAAACUGGAAUUAAUAAGUCAAGUGUAAGUCAGACUAUUUCGAAAAAAGACGACACUCUCAUCUGCUCCCAGUCCAAACGUUUAGAACGAUGGGCGGAACAUUUCAGAGAACAGUUCAGCUGACCUUCAGCUACUCUACAACCAUCCUCCAUUCCUAGACAGUGUGAAUGGAACAUUGAAGUAGGUCCCCCAACUCUAGCUGAAGUUCAAAAGGCUAUGGUUAAUCUGAAACGAGGAAGGGCGAUUGCUCCAGAUGGAUUGACACCAGAGGUCUUUAAGAAUGGUGGUCCAAUUUUAGCGAUUAGGUUGACUAAUAUUUUAGCUAAGAUCUGGGAGUUGGACGUAACGCCAUCUGACUGGUCACAAUCAUUGACUGUCGCAAUACGGAGGAAGGGGUCAACAUCAUCCUGUGAUUACCAUGGAGGGAUUAGUUCGACUAAUUUAGCAUCUUAAAUACCAGCCUCAAUAAUUAUCGGGCACCAAACUAAAACUCGUGAAUUGCAAACAUGAGGAAAUCAGACUGGUUUCAAACAUGGUCGUGGCUGCGCCAUAAUAAUAAUAUAUAUUGGCGCUCUCUUGCAUCGAACACAUAUUCACCAUUCGUCAGGUUCUAUAACACAGAAAUGCUUAUCGGCGUCCGACAAUAGUGGUCUUUCUUGACUUAAAAGUAGCACUUGAUUCUGUAGAUCGAGAGGUUCUGUGGCAGUGUCUGUCCUUGAAAGGCGUACCUCAAAAGUACAUAAACCUUGUAAAGGCUCUUUACUUGAACACUACUAGUCGAGUCAGAGCUUAUGGCAAACUGUCAUCUGAUUUCGCAACCUCAAGUGGUGUCCGUCAAGGCUGUCCACUUUCUCCAUUUCUGUUUAACUUCAUCAUAGACCUACUGAUGGAAAUAAUAUUCUCGUCGACUGUAUUCCUGGGCAUUGAUCUCCAUCCAGGAGGUCCACUUGUCGACUUAGAAUACGCAGAUGACAUAGUCCUGUUUGGUUAAGACGCUGACAAAAUGCAGAGUCUUCUGGUAGCACUAAGCAACAAUGCCAGAAUGUUUGGAAUGCGUUCUCUCCCUCGAAACGCAAUUUGUUGCUUCAGGACUAGUCUGCGUCAACACCUGGACUAAGGAUAGAGGGUGAAGUGUUCGAACGCGUCGACAACUUUACUUAUCCUGGAAGUCUGAUCAGCCCUAACGGGUUGGUGUCUGACGAAAUCUCAGCACGGAUGUGAAAAGCUCGCUUGACUUUUGCCAACUUACGUCACCUAUGGCGAAGGCGAGAUAUCCGUCUAUCAAUAAAAGGACGAGUAUACUGCGCGGCAAUCCGUUCUGUUUUAAUUUACGGAAGCGAAACAUGGCCACUAACAGUAGAAGAUACUCGUAAGCUACUAGUAUUUGACCACAAAUGCCUUGGAAAUAUUGCUGGCGUCUGCUGGGAUCACCGGGUAAGCAAUAGUGAGGUUAGACGCAGGGUAUUAGGGAAUGAUGGUAAAUCAGUUGAUGAGGUUGUGAAUCUUCAUCGACUGAGAUGGUUGGGCUACGUGUUGAGUGUGCCUGAACACCGAUUACCACGACGUGCAAUGCUAACCGGUGUUGGAGAUGGUUGGAAGAAAGUUAGGGUGGCCAAACCAAAACGUGGUAUUAGUGUUUGAAGACACUAACAUCUGGUCUGAGCCAUGCUGGUAGAUGCAGAUUACUUGGUUGGGGUCCGCGUGACUAUCGCAACCAAUGGUUGGAGACUCUUGGUGACAUGGCUCAGAACCAAUCACAAUGGCGUAGGUGUAUACACUCUGUCUUCCCUUAAACUGUGAGAUUAAAAUCACUUGUUUUACGAACUAAUUCUUUCUUCCUGUACUAUAUCCUUAUAUGUAAUCUUUCUUUUAUAUAUUACCACAAUUGAUUUAAUCACUCCUAUGAAUCCGAUGUUCAUCUUGCUGUGCUAAUGAGAUGUGGCAACUUGGACCGAUGCAUGUAUGUGCUUGGUCCUACGUUGAAGCUGACUGACUUGUACGCCGUCUAUUAAGCGUCUAAGCUCUAGAUAUAAAAAGAAUAUUUGAAUGUGAACAGGUUCCAAUAAGCUGCAGUAAAUGGCGUCGAUUAGCGGUUUGGUAUCGACAUGGCACUGAGUUUAUGUGUAAUAAGUAUAAUCCAACAGUAAGAUGAUAACUGCAUUGGUGGGUGAUAUUCGUUGCUGUACUGCAAUCAAUGAUUAUCAUAAAAUGCGAAGUCGGUGUACAUCAUCGUUCGCGUUGUGACCAGAUGCAUCCAGUCAUCGUUAAACAUGUAUCAGUAGAGUGACCAGACGAACAGAAUAGUGACUGCCGAGAUGAGAUACACGGAGUCGUAUUCAUUUUUGGUCGUGAAGUCUAGAGUGGUUUGUGUAGUUUGAAAAGGAUACGUUCAACCUCAUUUGUUACGAACCGUACUUAGGCAUGACAAAAUACCAAUACAUAUGAUUAUCGAUGACGGACGAAUGAAACUACCUUGGAUGUGACGAACAAGGGUGUAUCCUUGAAAGAAAAGCUUCAGACUCUAUGUUCUGGUAUACAGUGAAACGGAAGUAGAAAGUUAAUCGCAGUAAUCAAGUAAUGUUUAUGGGUAAUGAAUGCUGUAGAACACAGUUAUACAUAUGAACGAAUAGACAAAAUGAACAUAAUUGUUACUAACCGGCUAGUAGUGUUAAAGCUAUCCACGGACAUAUUACGAGACAAUAUUUCAAAGAAAAAUGUAGAGUAUGAUAACAAAGUCUCGAUUAUGUGAACGAGUGUAGGAGUGUGCCCCCUAAGAAAACCACCUGCUUUGGUUUGAGCACCCAGGUAGUAUCCCAGACCUCAAAUAAAUCGAAGGAUUUGUGUGGCGCGUACGUUUAGUGCCUCCUUGUACCAAUGUUUAUGUGUUUAGAUAAAUAAAUAAGAACGAGUGUAAUGAUAGGACGAAAAGAACACGAGAAAGAUGGAACUUACGUAGAGUAGGAAAUUUUGACGUCA